AUGGGAAAAGCGGCGAAUUUCCACAGAAUGCUUGAUGAAAUUUGGAAAAGAAAAGAGAGAACAGCUGAGAAAUCAAUCGAUAUUAACGAAAAGUCGAUCGAAGCGGCCGAUCAAUCACUGUUUCGAGCCAAUGAAAUGUCUUCGAAUGGAGAUUCUUUUGGAGUUUUUCAGAAUAUUGAAGGCGUUGGAGAUGUGGAGAAUGAUGACGAUGAUGAUGGAUUCUUUUAG